AUGUCAACCCAACAAUCUGGGUUAGAGCAAAUUUGGAUCACUGCGAAAAAAAAAACGUCGCUUCCUGACGAUGUAAAUUUAGAAGAUUAUCUCAAUGCAGAUGACAACGUUUCAACAUAUUAUGAACUAACCGAAGUAGAUAUCAUUCAAUCGAUUAAAGACAGUAAAGAUGAGGCCACCGAUGAAAGUAGUGAAUAUGAAGAUGCUGUGAUGGGAGAUGAUGUGCACAAUGUCACUUUAUCAGAAGCCUUAUCAAGUUUUGAAGUUAUGCGAACAUUCAUUUCAUCACAAAGUGAUGUACCGGACUUCAUAUUUACAAACAUUCACCAACUACAAAAUAAUUUACUUUCUAUUGAAACAGUAAACCUUGUUCAAAAAAAAUUGUCGAUUAUCUGUAAUAAAGUUAUUUUCGCAAAUUAUUUACAUUUUAAUUAUUUAUUUAUUAUUUAUUUGUAUUUGAAUAACAUAAUGUUUUUAAAUUUUUUUUACUCGAUUUUUCCAAAUUUCGUUCCAACGAAAAAAAUCGGUCCCUUGGAGUUCGUUGUAACGGGAAGUUACUGUACUUCAUAACUCACAAUUUUGUAGAUUUUAGGUUUAAUGCAUAUCAUUUGAUAUCUGGGUAA